UCACACCAAAAAAGUGUCCAUCAAGCGUGCCUAUGAAUUGAGUGCCCUGCUGAGUGUCAAGGAUGCUAGCCGACUGCCCGUCUGAGCGGCGCAUGCGUCAACUAAUGAAAAAGCGUACAAAGCCAGUGGAAAAAAUGCGGAGGAGAGGACGGAGGAAGAAACCAGCCCAGACCCAGACAGCGCUACUUGUACAGACGAGAGGGAGAUGCGAUACAGAUGGGGAACGAAGACGAAGGGGGUAACACGCGAGCGGGAUCACGACGGGCAGCUGUCACGGCACGACGGUGGUCGUUCAUUCCCAGAGCCACCGCUUGCCCUUCGCACCAGCGGCGCCAGCCUUUGCACCAGCAGCGCCUGCUGCCGCACCUGCCUUCGCGCCUGCAGCACCACCCUUCGCGCCAGCACCGGCGGCUGCAGCACCCUUCGCGCCGGCAGCAGCACCACCCUUCGCGC